AUGCGGUUUAUUGUAUCAUCAUUUAUAUUUUUUAUCUCAUUUUUGCUGUCAUUAAUAACCGCUGAAACUCACACAUGGUACUUUAAAACCAGCUGGGUUGAUGCAAAUCCUGACGGGGUUUUUCCUCGUAAAAUGAUCGGGUUUAAUGAUUCUUGGCCUUUACCUACAUUAAGAGCCAAAAAAGGUGACAGAAUUCAAUUGUAUUUAAUCAAUGGUUUUGAAGAUUUGAAUACUACUCUACACUUCCACGGUUUAUUUCAACAUGGCACUAAUCAAAUGGACGGUCCAGAGAUGGUUACUCAAUGUCCAAUUCCUCCAGGUGAAACAUACUUGUAUAAUUUCACAAUUGACGAUCAAGUUGGAACUUAUUGGUAUCAUAGUCACACCUCAGGUCAAUACGGUGACGGAAUGAGAGGUGUUUUCAUUAUUGAGGAUGACGACUUUCCAUAUGACUAUGAUGAAGAAAUUGUUUUAACAUUAAGUGAACACUACCACGAUUAUUCAAAGGACUUGAUGCCAGGAUUCUUGAGUAGAUUUAAUCCUACUGGUGCUGAGCCAAUCCCGCUGAAUAUUUUAUUUAAUGAAACCAGAAACAAUACAUGGAAGGUUGAACCCGGAAAGACAUACCUUUUGAGAAUUGCCAAUACUGGUAGAUUUGUCACUCAAUAUUUGUGGAUGGAAGAUCAUGAGUUCACAGUUGUCGAAGUGGACGGUGUUUAUGUUGAAAAAAAUACAACUGAUAUGUUAUAUAUCACUAUUGCUCAAAGAUACGGUGUCUUAAUCACAACAAAGAAUUCAACAGACAAGAAUUAUGCAUUCAUGAAUCGUGUUGAUGAUACUAUGUUGGAUACAAUUCCUAAAGAUUUACAAUUAAAUGGUACCAACUAUAUUGUGUAUAAUGAAAGUGCUCCAUUGCCUGAUGCAUAUGAUGUCGAUUCCAUUGAUGACUAUUUGGACGAUUUUUACUUGAAACCGUUAAAUAAAGAAAAACUUUUGGAUGAUGCUGAUUAUACUAUCACCGUUGAUGUGCAAAUGGACAAUUUAGGCAACGGAGUUAACUAUGCAUUUUUUAAUAACAUCACUUACAUGACACCAAAAGUUCCUACUUUGUUGAAUGUUUUAAGUGCUGGUGAUGCUUCAACUAAUGAACUAGUAUAUGGCUCAAAUACAAACAGUUUUGUGUUACAAGGUGGUGACGUUGUUGAUAUUGUUUUGAAUAACUUGGAUACAGGUAGACACCCAUUCCACUUGCAUGGUCAUGUAUUUCAGUUGAUCGAAAGACACGAAGAAAUCCCCGAUACAGAAGACCCAGUUUCCUACAACGUUAGCGAUCAUGCCGAAUGGCCUGAAUACCCGAUGAGUAGAGAUACUGUUUAUGUGAAACCCCAGUCAUAUAUUGUCAUGAGAUUCAAGGCUGAUAACCCUGGUGUUUGGUUUUUUCAUUGCCAUAUUGAAUGGCACUUGGAUCAAGGUUUGGCUAUUGUGUUAAUUGAAGAUCCAGAAGCUAUCCAAAAAAAUUCAAGUCAACAUUUAACUGAUAACCACAAACAAAUUUGUGAAAAAGUCGGUGUGUCAUGGGAAGGAAAUGCAGCAGCUAAUUCCAAUAAUUACUUGGACUUGAAAGGCGAAAACAUUCAAGUAAAGAGGUUGCCAACUGGGUUUACUGCAAGAGGUAUCGUUGCUCUAGUGUUUUCAUGUAUUGCCGCAUUUUUGGGAAUAGCUGCCAUCGCCUACUAUGGUAUGAAUGACAUUGAAGAUGUGGAAGAAAGAGUGGCAAGAGAUUUGGAUGUGGAUUUGGAUGAAGAAAACGAGGACGAAGAAGAAGCAGAAAUUGUGAACGAAGGUUCCUCUUCUUCUGGAAGUAACUCUAAACAACAUUAG